AUGAUUCGUUACGCUUUAGCAUAUAAAGACUUUAAUCCUAAUGAAAAAUAUCCCGAGGAAGAGAUAGAAUCAAGUUUUGAAUUAACGAAAAAGUAUUGGAAAUAUAAAAUUGAAUCAUAUAAGAAACAAGAUGAAAAAGCAGAAAGGGAUACUAAAAAUAAUGUUUCAAUGGAUGAUUUUCAAUACUAUCACGAUUUAAUCCUUUCAUCUAAAUGCAAAAUGUGUGGUAAAGCGUUUACAUAUGCAAAUAAACCAACAUUGGAUAGAAUAGAUAAUGAAAAACCACAUACCAAAGAAAAUUGUCAGUUAAUGUGUUGUUAUUGCAAUGUCGUGAAAUCAAAUAAAGAUGAAGAUGUUCAACGUUUAAGAAUCAAUUUAAGAAAUUAUGCAUUAAAAAAUAAUUUACCAAUGACUUUAGAUUCAGUUGAAGCUUAUCACAUUCUCCGUAAUGGAAUUACUGGUGGUUUAUCAAAUGUUCAACAUCGUGUUAAUCUUAAAGGAAUCACACACAUUAAUAAACUUUCAUAUAAUCCAGAAACUAAAACUGUAUCAAAUGAGGACACCACCAACAUCAUGACUCAUUUCGUUGGUGUUGAUUUUAAUUCAUUAUAUCCUUCAUCAUUUUCAUCUAAUCCUCAUGAUUUCAUUCAAUAUACUGACCAUAAAAUGUAUAUGCCGGGAAGAUUGAAUGGUGUUAUCAUUUGUGAUACAGCAACAAAGAAAGCAAAAGCACUGGGAAUAAUUAAGAAGAAAAAUACUUUAUUCGUGGCUGAAGUAAAGGGUCACAUUGAUGAAAAAUACAUUAAUGAUUACAUAAACUUUUUACCGAUAAUAAGAAACUUAGAUAUUAUCACAGAUGAAAAAACAAUUGGCAGUUUUAUGUAUAAUUACAUGAAAUCAAACAAUCUACCAGUUGACCAGAAACAGAGGAAAUUAACUCAGUUAGCAUCAACAUACAACCAAUAUCAACCAUUUUCUUCUUAUUAUCUUUGGUAUCUAAUAGACAGAUUUCAUUUUAUCAUCGAUGAUAUUCAAUCAAUUUUAACAUUUACGAAAAACACUUGUUUUAAUGAAUUUGCGAACGAAUUUAUGAACGAAAGACAAAAGGCUGAAUUAGAAGGAAAUAAAGGAAAAAGUUUAUUUUGCAAGAUUUCACUUAAUGGAUCAUAUGGUUACGAUGCAAUGAAUACGCAAAAUUACGCAAAGACUAAAAUAAUGAAUGCACAGAAGGCACGCGUUGCAUGUAUGUCAAAUAAGUUUAAAAACAUAAGAGAAAUAGGUGAAGAUACAUAUCAAGUGAUGCUUAA